AACUACCCCAUGACAAAUUUUAGGCCAAGAGUUCUUGCAAUUAUUAGUUAUUAUGUCUUUCUCAUUUAAUCACCCACAGAUUAAAAAACCGUCUGUAUAUUUAGGUCAAAUAAAACCUUAUAAAAUUCCUGUUAUAACAAAUUUGUGUGAACUUUUGUCAUCGAAAAGACAAUGAUAUACCAAAAGGUGCAUUGUAGUUCACUUAAAAAGGCGAAAAUGAACGAGAUUUAUUUAGAGUAACUUUUUUUGAGAAAUUUUUUUAACAACUAACUUGUCGGGUCGAAAGUUAUGUUGCUUAUGGAAGAUACGCGUAUAUGAAAUGAGUAUAUUGCGUCUAGACUUUAAAGCUUAUCGUUUGCGGAAAGCUCAUAUGAAACCAACUUGUUUUGUCAUAAUGCAAAAGAUAGAAUUCUUGGAAUGUUACUGGCUUGAAAGCUUACUGAAUAAAUUAUUUUAUUUUGUUUAAAUGUGGCUACACAUAAAGGAGAUUAAAAUGCGAAUAACACAAAUGAAUUCAUUUUUAGUGGGGAUUAGUUGCAUCUCCACAAGAUUAUACAUAUCUCAAUAAAUUUGCACACAAGGUUAAUAGGCGAUGGCAAGAGAAACAAAGUCAGAACGCUGAUCAACGAAGAGCCAUAAGAUACAUCGUUCCAUUUCGUCUAAUAUUGUUCUGGUGCAAGGAACAUAAUGUCUACAAUAAAAUUGUAUCAUUAUACAACUAAAGAAGGCGCUGAAGGCAUCCUCGAAUCUGGUUGCUUGAAAAAAUCAGAAAAAGCUGUCAAGGAUGCCGUCCUUGGUGAUGGAGUUUAUUUUACUUCUAUAGCCCCGAGGAGUGUAACAAAACAGAAAAUUGCCCAAAAUAACUGGGACGUUGGAACAAGUUCUGCUAUGCAACUUGUCAAAGAUGGAAAACUGGAUUUCUACAUAAAAAUCAAAUUUAAAAAAAAUGAUCCAAAGUUAGAAGACGUUAGUCACCUUUCCAGAGAUAUAUGGCUGUACCGUGACGAUGUUGUCCUGCCCAAAUUUGAUUAUACAAUUGAAGAAUUUAAUGACAUCGAUCCAAGAGAAUUUUUUAAUACUUUAUCUGAAAUACUUGGUUCCCUAGUAAACAGAGUAAUAACAGCCAAAUAACUAUUGACAACCAUUUUUAAUAGAAAUUACUUUCUUUAUUCUGGUGUAAUAGAAGCUUACAUAUAGAUUAAAAAUAUUCCA